AUCAUAGCCCACAUUAGCAAAUAAAAUCAUCCUUUCCUCUAUUCACAAAUCAAAUGCAUUAACUAAUUGUAAUACUAGAUAUGGAACUUCCACAAAUCAAACAUUUUCAUAAGCCUCUCAUUGUUGUAUUUUUGUUGUUAAUAGUACUUGCAAAUUGUGGUUUCUCUUUCCCUUCAGAACCUCAAGGUAAGAGACAAUGGCAUAUGACUUCAGAUGUUAAGGAAGUAGCAGGGAAAUCAUAUGACUACAUUAUAGUUGGAGGAGGUACAUGUGGUUGUCCUUUGGCAGCUACUCUAUCAGAGAAAUUUUCUGUGCUACUAAUAGAAAGAGGUGGUUCACCAUAUGGAAAUCCCUUAGUGAUUGAUAGAAGAUACUAUGGUUUUCCACUGAUUCAAAAAGACAAUAAUCAUAUGUCAGUAGCACAAAGAUUCACUUCAGAAGAAGGUGUUAGCAAUGUGAGAGGAAGAGUUCUUGGUGGCUCAUCAGCUAUAAAUGGUGGAUUUUAUAGUAGAGCAAGUGAUGAAUUUGUUGAUAAAGUUGGUUGGGAUAAGAAACUUGUUAAAGAAGCUUAUGAAUGGGUGGAAUCAAAAGUUGUUUUUCCUCCCUUUUUUCUCACACCAUGGCAAUCUGUUGCUGAAUUUAGUCUUCUCGAAACGGGGAUUCUGCCCUAUAAUGGUUAUAGUUUGGAACAUAUCAGGGGAACCAAGAUUUCUGGGAGUGUGUUUGAUGGAUUUGGAAAGAGACAUACCUCAGCUGAUCUUCUUGAGGCUGGAAAUCCAAAGAAUCUCACAGUUCUUGUGAAUGCCACAGUGAAGAAAAUCAUCUUUCAUUACAAUGGUGACAAGAAUGAAACAAGAGCUAAGGGUAUCAAGUUCAUCAAGAGCAAUGGAAGUUUAGAUGAAACAUAUGAAGCCUUCAUCAAGAAACCAAACCAUUCAACUUCAAGAGGUGAUGUCAUAUUAUCAGCAGGUGCAUUAGGUAGCCCUCAACUUUUGCUUCUAAGUGGCAUUGGACCAAAAGAACAAUUGAAAAAAUUCAACAUUCCACUAGUUCAUGAAAUGAAACAGGUUGGUCAAGGAAUGCAAGACAACCCUUGCAUAGCAAUCUUAGUUGAUUCUAAACCAGAAAAUAGACUUCCUGAUCCACCACAAAUUGCAGGCAUAACAGAAGACUUGAAAAUCAUAGUUGAAGCAUCAAUACUUCCACUAAGCAUCAAUGAAUCAAGGGUUAACAUUGCUGCAAAGAUAGCAAUGCCUCUUUCAAAAGGGUACCUUGAACUGAACAACACUGAUCCAAGGCUUAACCCUACAGUGAAAUUCAACUAUCUAGAGAAUGAAAAUGAUAUGCAAGAAUGUAUUAAGAUGACAAAAUUACUCAAUAAAAUUGCAAGGUCCAAAUCUAUUGCAUUUUUCCUUGGUGAAUCACAGCAAAGCAAAUUGGUAUCUACUGAGUUUGACCUUAGAAAGUUUUGCAAGAAAAAUGUAAGAACUAUCUAUCACUAUCAUGGUGGUUGCAAUGUUGGAACAGUGCUUGAUAAAGACUACAAAGUUCAUGGUAUAAAGGGAUUAAAGGUAUUGGAUGGCUCAACUUUUUCUGAGUCACCAGGUACUAAUCCUAUGGCUACACUUUUGAUGUUAGGAAGGUAUCAAGGUAUCAAGAUUCUCCAACAAAGGGAAACAGAAUCUGAAUUGAAUAUCAAAGAAAACAGAUAAUAUGAACUUGUUUUUACAUGUGUGCAAAAUCAGUGUGUGAAAAAAAAUAAGCCAUUAUUUAGGACUUAGUAACCUAACAAAGUGUGUUGUAAAAUCAAAAUUCUCUCUGUUUUUUACAUUUAAAUUUUUUUCAUUCCAAAUUUUCAAAUUUGUCAAAAUUAACUUUGAAGUUUGAAGCAAGUAAUGAGAACACCUUCAGAA